CCUCCUCUCUGCACUAAAGCCCAGGGCCACAGAGCAGCCUCUCUCCUUGGACCUCUGCUGGGCCCUGGAGGGACUGGGCAGAGCCUUCUGGGACCAUGGUUGGACUGAAGCCUUCGGAGGUGCCUCCCACAACGGCUGUGAAGUUCCUGGCAGCAGGCAUGGCAGCCUGUUUUGCUGACCUCUUCACCUUUCCACUGGACACGGCCAAGGUCCGCCUGCAGGUCCAGGGGGAGAAUCAGGUGGCCCAGGCGGCCCACAGUAUCCAGUACCGCGGCGUGCUGGGCACCAUCCUGACCAUGGUGCGCACGGAGGGCCCCCGCAGCCUCUACAAUGGGCUGGUCGCCGGCCUGCAGCGACAGAUGGGCUUCGCCUCCAUCCGCAUCGGCCUCUACGACUCCGUCAAGCAGUUCUACACCCCCAAAGGAUCGGACCACUCCAGCGUCACUACCCGGAUUUUGGCAGGCUGCACUACGGGGGCCAUGGCAGUAACCUGUGCCCAGCCCACGGAUGUGGUGAAGGUCCGAUUUCAGGCCAGCGUGCACCUUGGGCCCAGGAGCAAUAGGAAGUACAGUGGGACAAUGGAUGCCUACAGGACCAUCGCCAGGGAGGAAGGGGUCAGGGGCCUAUGGAAAGGAACUUUGCCCAACAUCACAAGGAAUGCCAUUGUCAACUGUGGUGAGAUGGUGACCUAUGACAUCAUCAAGGAGAAGCUGCUAGACUAUCACCUGUUCACCGACAACUUCCCCUGCCACUUUGUCUCUGCCUUUGGAGCCGGCUUCUGUGCCACAGUGGUGGCCUCCCCAGUGGACGUGGUGAAGACCCGGUAUAUGAACUCACCCCCAGGCCAGUACCACAGCCCCCUUGACUGUAUGCUGAAGAUGGUGGCCCAUGAGGGUCCCACGGCCUUCUAUAAGGGGUUUACACCCUCCUUUUUGCGUUUGGGAUCCUGGAAUGUGGUGAUGUUCGUAACCUAUGAGCAGCUGAAACGGGCCUUGAUGAAAGUCCAGAUGCCACGGGAAUCUCCAUUUUGAAUAAGACAAGGCUACUUGGUACCUAACUGGAACAAAACCAGUUAAGAAUGGAACAGUGGGUGGGUCCAUGCACACAUGGACACAGACCCACACAUGUUUACAGCACGGUUUACUUGCUGCUGACUCAAGCAAUAGAGCAGAAGAGGAGGAAGGAUUCUGGUCUUCAGUGCGUUGUCUUAAGAACACCUUUGUUUUGCACUGACAGGAUGGAAAAUAAAUUAUAUUAAUUUUUGAAACCCAUUAGAUUGGAUGCCUAACAUUUAGGCAAGAGAAAAUAAACCAAAACAGAUCCAUUUGGAUAAAAUGGAAGUUUGCAAACUUAUGUCCCCUGAAAAAUCUGAUUAGCCGAUGAAUUAUAAACAGGAAAGGCUGCAAGCAUGGGACAGGAGUGGUACACGACACACUUGGAAAUCAGCUAAGGAGUCCAGAGGGACACUGCCAAAGAACACAAGCUGUGACACCUUCAAUUAACCGUGGAUCAUCAGCCACAUGUGUAAUGUGUCUACUGUGUAGAAUUCUGUGGGAUUCUAGGAAAUGUGAGGAAAAAAAGAGAAAACCUAGAACCUGUGCCAAAGGAGCACUGCUGGGCCAGUGUGAGGCAGAGACUUGUAAAUGUUCCCUGAGGACUCUGGAGAAUAAAAAGGGCAGCCUCAGUCUCCUUUCCUGUAAAAUGGGAGUAAUAAUCCCUUCCCUCCUACCUCACCGGGGUUUAUGAGGAUCAAGUUUGAAGCUAGGAGAAAGCACUUUAUAAAAGCAAAAGCUCGUAUGAAUGUAAACGUAAGGGCAGUGCCUUGGGAAGGACUUUGUCAGGACAGUGAGGAACUGCCAGGGAAGAAGUUUUUGAAAGACACAGUUGUCUGGAGGUGAGACCAAAGGAACCAGGGACUCGGGGGCCGGGGGUGACAGAGGAUGCCACAGGAUCCCCACUCCCACGCAGUCCCCACUCCUUGGCUGGACUGUGAGGCACCCUGAAUGGUGUGGGGCUUGGGG